CCCUGCGAGCUCCAGGCUGCUUAGCCUUCAACUCCUAUAUUUAGUCCAGCCCCCCUGUGCUAUUUUGACUGCAUGGCAGCCGUGUAUAACUGGUCGGGGCCGCCACGCCUCCUUUUCUGCUUUCUCUCCGGCUCGCCUUCGCUCCCUUUCUUUUUCUCCCCUCUGCCCCCCCCUUUCCUGCUAAGCUGUCAGCAACUGCCCCCAAAAGCAGGAACAAAAGUCCCACCGCCCCUUCAUGCCCUCGCCCCCCAAGCCCAGAUGAAAGCAGAGCCAAAGUCUCCCUUCCGUGAGCGCCUUUCCUGCCUGUUGCUCGCCGUCUCGUCUCGCUUCUCCCCCCCGCUCGCCAAACUUCGGAGAGCUCGGAGCCGGGAUUAUGGGGCAAGCGGAGGAGCUGGCGCGGAUUGCCAAGAAGCUGGAUAAGAUGGUGUCCAGGAAGAACCUGGAAGGAGCACUUGACCUGCUGAAGGAGCUGAACAGCUACACCAUGACCAUCCAGCUGCUGCAGACCACACGGAUCGGCGUGGCUGUCAACUCCAUCCGCAAGCACUGCUCCGACGAGGAGGUGGCAGCCCUGGCAAAGCUGCUCAUCAAGAACUGGAAGCGGCUGCUGGACUCCUCGGGGACCCAGAAGAAAGAGAAGGACGUGGAAGGUCAGAAGGAUAAAAAGGAGAAAGAGAAAAGACUCGACUUUUCCAGCUGGCAGCCCGAAGGGGCCGACUCCCGCGGGCUGGAGCCCUGCAAAAGCCCGACCGAGAAGCACAAGAAGAAGCACAAAGAAAGAGACCUGUCUGACCGCAAGGCUCUCGAUGCGCUUCCGGGCUCAAAGAAGCAUUCAUCGGAGCAGAAGCAGGACAGGAAAUCCAGCAAGCCAGGCUCUCACCCGGCGCCCCCAAAGAGCCACUCUGCGGACAGCAAGCACGACAGAGAGUCCAGCGACUCCAGGGGCUCCUCUGCUGCCUCUAAGAAGUCGCCCUCAGACAGCAAGAAGGAGAGGAGAGACUCCGCAGACUCAAAAUCUUCCAGCAGCACAGCUGCCUCCUCCUCUUCCACCCCUCCAAAGAGGCUGUCGUUGGAAAGGAGGCCGUCUGCAGGCUCCAGCCCAGUUGCUGCUCGGAAGAGCUCCAGCGAUGGCAGAGAGGAGAGACAGAACAGCAGCAAAUCCAAACCGGAGACACCCAAGACACCCACGAGCCCCUCCAGCCCCACGUUCGCCCCUAGCACCUGCCUCCUGGCCCCCUGCUACCUCACAGGAGACUCCAUCCGGGACAAGUGCAUCGAGAUGCUCACAGCUGCCCUGAAGAUGGAUGAUGACUACAAGGAGUUUGGCGUCAACUGUGAGAAGAUGGCUUCGGAAAUGGAAGAUCAUAUCUUCCAGGAGCUGAAGAGCACAGACAUGAAGUACCGCAACCGCGUCCGGAGCAGGAUCAGUAACCUGAAGGACCCCAAGAACCCCAACCUGCGGAGGAACGUGUUGUGCGGAGCCAUCGUGCCCAGCCUCAUUGCUCGGAUGACCGCCGAGGAGAUGGCGAGCGACGAGCUGAAGGAGCUGAGGAACGCCAUGACCCAGGAGGCCAUCCGGGAGCACCAGAUGGCAAAGACGGGUGGCACCGUCACCGACCUCUUCCAGUGCGGCAAGUGCAGGAAGAAGAACUGCACCUACAACCAGGUCCAGACCCGCAGCGCGGACGAGCCCAUGACGACCUUUGUGCUGUGUAACGAGUGCGGGAACCGCUGGAAGUUCUGCUGACGGCGCUCGCCUUUGCCUGCGAGCGACGAGUAGAGAAGAUCGCGCCUGACCGCCAAGGAGAGCGCAGCGCCUGGGACUUGUUCCUUCGGGGCUGCCCCCGCGGGCCUCGGGGCCAGGAGGCUCGAGGCAAGGGUGCCGCCUGCUAGAAGACUGCUUUUUGGCUGUACAUACUUUGAACGGCGCCGUCCCUUGGGAGGGCCUCUUAGACCCUUGUAGCGCGGCUCCGGGAAAGGAGCACGUGCGUGGAGCGUGACCACGGCGAAGGCGAGGGCGCCGAGGGCUUUGGGGUGUUUUUCCUGCCAUCCUUGACCUCACCGAAAAGAGCCUCGUGGGGUCCGGGCCUGCCACUUAUGCUCUUCUUGUUCGUUUCCAAGCUUGAGCUGAGCCCUGUUUUAUUGUUAGGAGCUGGAUACACCCUGACUUCCAGCUGUGUAGGACAAUGCACGCGGGGAAAGCAAAUUCCCUUGAGAUACGUGGGGGGGUGUUGCUAACCCAAGCUCCAGGGAAUUUUUGUUUUCAGUGGCCCAGUCUUCCCCGUCCCAGGGACUUGUGCUUGUUUCCCAGAGUCAUCCUGGGUAAGGGAAGCAAGCGUUUCACCUCCUGCCCUGCCUCCGGCUAGGAAUAAGCAAAAUCUUCCACGACUGCAGCAGAUGUCUUGUCUAGCAUGAGCCACCCGGGGGCACUGACAGCACGUCACAGCCGGCCCCUCAAUGCAGCGGCUGAGAUGGGCGGGGGCUUUCCCCGGGUUCGGCUGCUCCAGCCCUGGGGGUCGAGCCCCUGACUUCUGCUCCAACGAGCCGACGAUGGGUACCGAAUGCCAGGAGAUGUGGUUCCAGCUCUGGGAUGCCACGAGAAGAAGCCGGCUCUGCACCAGUGCAGGGCACUGUGCAAGGCAACCUGCCCCGCAGCCGUGCAGGGAAUGACCCUUGCGUGCCAGCCCCCGUGGGUGCUCCAGAUGACACCCCCGUUGCAUGCUGCUCCCUCUCCCUUUGCCACGACCUAGGGCUGCAGGGGGGACUUGCCCCCACUCCCAGCCUGGUGACAACAGCUCUGCAGGGGAGGCAGCCUGCAAAACCUUGUCUGCAAAGGGGUGUCUACAGGUGUGGGGGGGAGAUGCCAGUCUGCCCGUGGGAGGCGCGUGCCGGAGGGCAACCCUAGCCAUCCGCUGCAAAGCUCCACUUGCUAACGUAGGCUGGAUUGAAGCACAAAGCUUGUAAACCGGGAAGGAGGGACUGGCCUUUGCUCUGCCUCGCCACCACCGCUCCAGUCCAGGGCACUGGGAAUACCCCGGCCUCUGUGGGACAGCGCAGCGAUCCUGGUCGCAUUCAACACACCCUCUUUCUGCACAAAACGGGUGCCAAGUCAGGCUUAAAUACCCAUGUUGGUGGGUAUCUUUGUCCCAGCGGUGAUGGGAUGUAAAAUGAAAUAAGCAUUGUCCCUGCUUCCUGGGACUGCAGCACCCCCUCCCCUUAGCCGCUCAGAUGCUCUUUGUUGUAAAUAAUCGCACCCCUUCGUUGUGGUUGCCUUUGCAUAUCCUAAUGGAGGAAGGGAAGACCCCAGGAGAGCCGGGUAAGGAGCAGAAACCACACGGAGGUGGGAAGAGGGCUGACCCUAAUGGGGGGAGACCAGAGCUGCCACCCCUUCCGUUCUCAGGCCUUGCAUGCCGGCUCGCCUUCCUCCUCCUCUCUCCAUCAGCCAGCUGCCCCCUCCCGUGUGCUGCGUGUGGACUUCCUCCAACUAUAUCCUGGGGGGAAAAACGAGGGAGAAAAUCUUUAGCCUUCGAGCAAUAAAAGUGUACCAAGCACCC